AACGCCUCCUCUGCUACCACCUCCCCACCAGCAGACGGCAAAUCUAGCUGCGAGCUGUCUUUAGGCCCAGCUUCACAUCAACACCACGCCCUCGUCGUCACCUACACCCCAUCUGAUUUGCCCAACAUGUCUCGCACAGCCCGCCCAGAGACGAUCCUCAAGCGCAGCGAGGAGCUCAUCAAUGUCGGCCAGUCUUCGGCCGCUUUGACGGCCCUCGGGGAGGUCAUCACCUCGCGCAAGUUCAAGUCGGCGCCCAUUGCAUCCUUGGAGCCAAUCAUGAUGCGCUUCGUCGAUCUCUGCGUCGAGCUCCGUCGCGGACGAACUGCCAAGGACGGUCUUCUGCAGUACAAGAACAUCUCGCAGAACACUCAGCCUCAGUCCAUUGAGAAUGUCAUCAAGCACUUCAUCAAGCUGUCAGAGGCUCGCGUCGCUGAUGCUCAGUCCAAGGCUGAGGCCGCCGCUGCCGACCUUGAUGUUGAUGACCUCGAGGAGAGCGAGACGCCCGAAGGAAUGCUUCUCGGUGCCGUCACCUCGGACGAGAACAAGGACCGUGCCGACCGAGCUCUGGUUACCCCCUGCCUCAAGUUCCUCUGGGAGGCCUACCGUACCGCUCUCGACAUCUUGCGUAACAACGCUCGUCUCGAAGUGCCCUACCAGCAGGUUGUUCACCAGGUCCUCCGCUUCUGCUUGCAGUUUAAGCGCAAGACUGAGUUCCGUCGCCUCUGUGACCUUCUCCGCACUCACUUGCAGAAUGUCACCAGGCUGUCGCAUCACACCCAUGCUAUCAACCUCAAUGACCCCGACACCCUGCAGCGUCACCUUGACACACGAUUUGCCCAACUCAACGCCGCCGUUGAGCUUGAGCUGUGGCAAGAGGCCUUCCGCAGCGUCGAGGAUGUCCACAACUUGCUCACCAUGGCCAAGAAGGCGCCUCGCCCGUCCAUGAUGGCGAACUAUUACGAGAAGCUUUCCCGCAUCUUUAUGGUCUCGGACAACAACCUCUUCCACGCUGCCGCAUGGAGCCGCUACUAUGCUCUCGCCCGUGGCAACAUCAAGACUGAGGACGAGCUCACUCGUCUCUCGUCGCUGGUCCUCCUGUCCUCCCUCGCAGUCCCUGUCAUCUCGUCCAGCGCUCCCGGCACUGGUAACCUCAACAAGUCCAAGUCUGACUUUCUCCUUGGCGAUCAGGACACCAUCAGUCGCACUGGCCGUCUGACCUCUCUCCUAGGCUUGAGUCGCACGCCCACCCGCACCGGUCUGCUCAAGGAGGCUCUCUCCCGCAAUGUCCUCAAACGUGUUCGCCCAGAGAUUCGUGAGCUCUACGACAUCCUCGAGGUCGAGUUCCACCCUCUCUCCAUCUGCGCAAAGAUCGAGCCCAUCAUCGCCAAAAUCGCUGAGAAUGAAGAGAUGGCCAAGUACAUCAAGCCGCUUCACUCGGUCAUCCUCACCAGGCUCUUCCAACAGCUGAGCCAGGUCUACGACGCUGUCAAGCUUGACAAGGUCAUGGAGCUCGUCAGCUCUUUCAAGGCCCCUUACGCCUACACCCGCGAGGAGAUUGAGAAGUUCUGCCUCAACGCCGCCAAGCGUGGUCACCUCAACAUCAGCGUCGACCACGUCAGCCAGGCCAUCACCUUCCAGGAGGACGUCUUCAGCGCCGAUUCACACCCUGCUGCUUCGUCCAGCGGCCACCAGGACUCUGUCCGUCUCCAAGCCACGCCUGGAGAGCUUGUACGCACUCAGCUUACUCGCUUAGCCACCUGCCUCGACAGCACCAUGCGCACCAUCGACCCCAGUGUCGUCGAGGAGGCACAGAAGGCCAAGCGCGACGUCUUUGCCCGCGCCAUGGCUGUCGCCGAGUCGGAGCACAAGGCCGCUCUCGCCCGCAAGGCCAUCCUCGCCCGCCACAAGGAGCUCCUUCACGAGCGUGCCCGCGACGAGGCCAAGGCCGAGGCCGAGCGUGCUCGCGCCCAAGCCGAAGCCGAACAGAAGCGCCAGGCCGAAGAGAAGCGUCUCAAGGAGCAGGAGCGUAUCAAGAAGGAGCUCGAAGCCGUCCGCGCCGAGGAGACGCGCAAGAUGGCCCAAUCGCUUCGCGAGAAGGGUGGGCUCAAGCUCUCCGAAGAGGAGUAUGCCAACCUGGACACGGACAAGCUCGUGCAGCUGCAAGUCUCUCAGAUCGAGAAGGAGAAGAAGGACCUCGCAGAGCGUCUGCGCGUCAUCUUCCGCCGUAUGGACCACCUCGAGCGUGCUUACCGUCGCGAGGAGCUCCCCUUGCUCGAGAAGGACUACGAGCGUCAGAAGACGGACGACCUCGCGUACAACCAACGCGCUCGCAAGGUCGCCCUGGACGCCGCCCGCGAGAAGCACCAGUCGGACGUCGAAGCCAAGAAGCGUCUUACUCGCAUCUUGCCCGACUACCACGACAUGAAGAAGUCCAUCGAGGGCAAGCGCGCCAAGGAGCUCGCUGAGAAGCGUGCUGACUCGCAGCGCAAGAUCGAGGCCGCCAAGGAGCAACGCCGCAAGGAGGUUGCCGCCGCCCGCGAGGAGCGUCGCAAGCGUGAAGAGGAGGAGGAGCGUCGUGCUGCGGAAGAGGCAGAGCUGCAGCGCAUUAAGGCGGAAGAGGAGGAGCGUGCCGCCGAGCAGCGCAAGAUUGAGCAAGCAAAGAAGGCCGAACUCGAGGCUGAGAAGCGGGCCGAGAUUGAGGCUAGGCAGGCCAAGCUGGAGGAGCAGGCUGAGAAGCAACGUCAGCGCGAGAGGGAGAUCGAGGAGCGACGUGCCAAUGAGAAGAGGGCUGCGAGCGCAGCUGCGGGCCCGACUCUCGCCGGUGACUCGACUUGGCGCCGUGGCGCCCCUGCUGGCGCUGUUGCCUCGGCGCGUAACGCCAGUCCUGCGGCGAGUGGCGAGGAGCGACCUGCACCUGCCUUUGGUGGACAAAAGACCGGAGGAUGGCGUGAUCGUUUGGCUGCUAAGCAGGCUGGCGGUGCUGGCAUGAGUGAGCCCCCUAGCCGUGCGGCAUCGAGCAGCCCUGCGCCGAGUCCCGCUCCAGCUGCUGCCUCUGCCGCUCCUGCCCCGGCCGCAGCUCCUGCUCCUGGUGGAUGGCGAGAGAGGAUGGCAGCGAAGCAGGCUGCCGGUGGUGCAGGUAGCGGUGCCUCCACGCCCCCCUCUGCCGCUCCUCGUCAGCAGCAGCAGCAGCAGCAGCAGCAGCAAGGUGGUGGUGACGGCUUCACCGAGGUCAAGAGGACUGCCGGCGCUUACCGUCCACCUGGUGCUCGUUGAGCGUGAGCACCUCAAAAGGCAGCUGGCAAUCAGCAGCCGUAGCAAGCGUCCUUGGAGUCGUCAUCGCCACUCUUCCGCCGCAUGCCCUCCAUCUGUAUUCUCAUUCUCUGCGAGCCCUGCAAUGCCACCCCUACAUUGUCGAGUC